AACAUUUUCAGCCUUCCUGACCACCCCUUCCCCGCCAAUAGUCACCAAAAUUGCGGUCUCGAAAACACUAACCUACAGCAUUACAGCUCGAAACAUUCUGCUAUGGCUUCCGGCGGAGCAACGCUACAGCCAACCUUCAAAGGCCAUGUCGCCACCACCCAAGAUGCCCUCAUUCUCUUCGAGGCCUGCCUGCAAGGGCACCUCUCACAUGUCCCUAGGCGACCACUCGAUCGAGAAAGAAGCGAUCUGAUCAGAAGCGGCCACGUCUUUAUCUACGACGAGAAUGCAUCCGCGAUCAAGAGGUGGACGGACGGGAUUACUUGGAGCCCCAGUAGAAUUCUGGGAAACUUCCUUAUCUAUCGAGAAGUCGAUAAACCUUUUCCACCGGGAGAGAAGAAGAGAGCCAAGAAAGGCCAACAGCGGCACCAGAGCCGGCCCGGGGAGCCAUAUGGCCGACCUGAGUGUGGCUCACCCUCGGAGGGACCGUCUCGACGUCAUCCCCCCAUCGAGGUGACGGAGAAGUUGAUAGGAUCACUGAUCGAUUCAUACGACUUUAAGAAAGACGGAUUGGUUAAGAAGACAAUGAGCGUCAUGGUCCAAGGCGUCAAGUAUCACCUCGUCUCUUACUACCAUGUGAACGACGCCCUUGGCAAUCUGCUGCCAAAACCUUCUCAAAUGGACAACCUACAAUACAUCCGUCCACGGUCUGAGCUCACCUCGGGGCAAAGUUUUCGGGAACCCGCCGAGGACGUCAACGAGGCUGAUGGAGCUCAUAACUCGCACGCAUACCCCGUGAACACCGACGCUUAUCCCCAGCCAUACUACAUACCCCCGAUGGCUCAGCAGCAAGGCCCACACCAAUAUUUCCAGGCCCAUUAUCCCACGUCCACGGGCCAUAUACAAUGCCCAGUAAUAGCAACAUCAUAUAUCCAAGGACAACUAAACGCCGCUGAUCGGCAGAACCCAUACUGGUACCAUACAAGAGAUGGGAACUGGAGCGGCUUAACCGCCGAUAAUAUGAGUCUCCUACGAUUCCAAACAUAGGAUGGCCCCGGGCGCAACCGCUCUCACACCCUACCAUGGAUUCUCGAUAAAGGUCGAAGUCUAGAACCUCAAGUCGAUAGGUCCGCGAACCUCUGUACCUUCCAUGCCGGGAUCGCCUAUGUCUGGUCCGCCACUUCAAUUGUGCUCAAAUAGGUUAGACUCGAUAGGAUCCGCUGUUCUUUACGGUACGUGCGACCAGAAGACGUGGGAAUCAAAACUGCAGCGAGGUUCAAUAAACGGAGGUCUAAG